AUGGGAAUCAAAGUUCGUAAACCUUUCUGCCUCAGCUUCAAGGGAGUACCUACAUCUCUGAAGAUUCUUUGUGAUAAUGUUUCUGGUGCUUUUGUGCUUUCCGAGUCUCUUAACAGAUUAAUCAGCCUGGUACGAACCAAAGGGGAUGAAACGCUCCUCAAUACGAUGAUCCGGUUUUAUGAUCCUCUCCUUCAUUGCUUUACCUAUAGGGACUUUCAAUUGGUUCCCACAUUAGAGGAAUUUUCCUCCAUACUAGGAUUACCUGUGCUUGAUCAGAUGCCCUACACUGGUGAAGAAGAGAUUCCUAAGUUAAAAGAUGUUGCUGCUGCGUUGCAUUUGCCUCGAUCAGAAAUUAAAAAGGUUUGGGUGAAUAAAGGAGACUACACUGGUUUGCCUAUUGACUUCUUGUAUAGUCAAGUUGAAAUCUUGAUUAAUGCUGCAAGUAUGGAUGCUCUUGAAAAGGUCCUCGCUUUCCUGAUCUAUGGACAAGUCUUAUUCCCUCGUUACGACAAAAUUGUAGAUGUGAUUGCCACUAAGAUCUUCAUCGGCAAUAAUCCCGUUCCUACCUUAUUGGGUGACUUGUUGCACUCCAUCCAUCAUCGAUCAUCUAAAGGAAAAGGCUACGUUCUUGGGUGUGCACCUCUUCUUCAUAAGUGGUUUAUUUCUCACUUACCCCGUUCUGUAAUAAAGAAUGAAGAAGGUGGGACUUGGGUUCAAAGAAUCACGAGGCUUUCAUAUGAUGAUAUCGAUACAACCGGAAAGAAGAAGUUGUUCAUUAGAGCUUGGUCCAAGGUAAAGAAAGUAUGCACGAGAGAAUUGGGACUACGGAACUACAUCCCUUCAGAUAUUUAUUUUAGGUGGAUUUAUGAUCGAGUUGUUGAGUAUGGUAUGCCAUAUCCAUCUGAUAUCCCUGUUGUGCCAAGGGUUACCCCUCUGGUCAUUCCUGUGGUUUUGGAGCCUUAUGUUCCCGCUCCAAAUGAAGACCUUACUGCUACCGUUGCUUCUUUAAGAAGAGAAAAAGGCUAA